AUGGAGGAAAAUUUGAUAAGCAUGAGGGAAGAUCAUUCUUUUCAUGUUCGUUACAGAAUGGAAGCGUCUUGCCUAGAACUGGCUUUGGAAGGGGAACGUCUGUGUAAAUCAGGGGACUGCCGUGCUGGUGUGUCGUUUUUUGAAGCCGCUGUGCAAGUGGGAACUGAAGACCUAAAAACGCUUAGUGCUAUAUACAGCCAACUGGGCAAUGCUUAUUUCUAUUUGCAUGAUUAUGCCAAAGCUUUAGAAUACCAUCAUCAUGAUUUAACUCUUGCAAGGACUAUUGGGGAUCAGUUGGGGGAAGCUAAAGCUAGUGGUAAUUUGGGAAAUACCUUAAAAGUUCUUGGGAAUUUUGAUGAAGCUGUUGUUUGUUGUCAGCGACACCUCGAUAUUUCCAGAGAGCUCAAUGACAAGGUGGGAGAAGCAAGAGCGCUUUACAAUCUUGGAAACGUGUAUCAUGCGAAAGGGAAAAGUUUUGGUUACCCGGGUCCUCAGGACACAGGUGAAUUUCCAGAAGAAGUGAGAGAGGCCCUGCAGGCAGCCGUGGAUUACUAUGAGGAAAACCUAUCAUUAGUGACUGCCUUGGGUGACCGAGCAGCCCAAGGACGUGCCUUUGGAAAUCUUGGAAACACACAUUACCUCCUUGGCAACUUCAGGGAUGCAGUUAUAGCUCAUGAGCAGCGUCUCCUUAUUGCAAAAGAAUUUGGAGAUAAAGCAGCUGAAAGAAGAGCAUAUAGCAAUCUUGGAAAUGCAUAUAUAUUUCUUGGUGAAUUUGAAACUGCCUCUGAAUACUACAAGAAGACACUGCUUUUGGCUCGCCAGCUUAAAGACAGAGCUGUAGAAGCACAAUCUUGUUACAGCCUUGGAAACACAUAUACUUUACUUCAAGACUAUGAAAAGGCCAUUGACUAUCAUCUGAAGCACUUAGCAAUUGCUCAAGAGUUAAAUGACAGAAUUGGUGAAGGAAGAGCCUGCUGGAGCUUAGGAAAUGCGUACACAGCACUAGGAAAUCACGAUCAAGCAAUGCAUUUUGCGGAAAAGCACUUGGACAUUUCAAGAGAGGUUGGGGAUAGAAGUGGUGAACUAACAGCACGCCUGAAUCUCUCAGAUCUUCAAAUGGUUCUUGGUCUGAGCUACAGCACAAAUAAUUCCAUAAUGUCUGAAAAUAUUGACAUUGAUAACAGUUUGCAUGGUAAGUAAUAGGUCUUCUAAAAUCCAAUUUCUUUAUCAAGAUUGUAACUUCAGUGAUCACACAUGCUUACCAUAUCCAGAGAGAAUGUACAGAACUGGAACAGUGAAAUUCUUGCUAAACAAAAACCUCUUAUUGCCAAACCUUCUGCAAAGCUACUUUUUGUAAAUAGACUAAAGGGCAAAAAAUAUAAGACUAAUUCUUCCACAAAAGUUCUUCAAGAUGCCAGUAAUUCCAUUGACCACCGAAUUCCAAAUUCUCAGAAGAAAAUCAGUGCAGAUUCUGUUGGAGAUGAAGGGUUCUUUGACUUAUUAAGCCGAUUUCAAAGCAAUAGGAUGGAUGAUCAAAGGUGUUGCUUACAAGAAAAGAGCUGCCGAACAACUUCAACAGCUUGUACUCCACACAAAAUGAUUCUAAAAACACCCUCUGUUUCUGUGGUGUCUCCCAACACAGAUGAAUUUUUAGAUCUUCUUGCCAGCUCUCAGAGCCGCCGCCUGGAUGACCAGAGGGCCAGUUUCAGUAAUUUGCCAGGACUUCAUCUGACAAAAAACAAUAAUCAGUCCGUCCUGGGCCAUCUGAUGACUAAUGACAGUAAAGAGCCUGGUGAAGACUUCUUUGACAUCCUUGUAAAAUGUCAGGGAUCCAGAUUAGAUGAUCAAAGAUGUGCUCCACCACCUGCUGCCACAAAGGGACCAACAGUACCAGAUGAGGACUUCUUUAGCCUUAUUUUACGGUCUCAGGCAAAAAGAAUGGAUGAACAGAGAGUUCUUUUACAAAGAGAUCAAAACAGAGACACUGAAUUUGGGCAAAAGGACAUUUUGCAAAGCAGUGCCUUGUUGGGAUUGAAAACUUCAGAACAAAAAUCAGCAAACCACUAG